AUGGCCUGGACGUGGUGUGACCGAGGGCGGCUGCCCGCACCCUACCCCGUCUAUGCCGCCCUCUGUUUGUUGUCGCUCACCUCCGUGGGCCAGUGCCUAUUCCGCAAACCGGCCAUCCCCCCGCUAGUGAAAGGGCAGCCCUUCCAGGUCUACUGGAACGUGCCCACGUCGCGCUGCAGCACCCACAGAGGCGUCGACCUGCACUUGGACGACUUUGGUAUUGUAACCAAUAGAAAUGAGAUGUUUAUUGGAGAGAAAAUCACGAUAUUUUAUUCUGGGCGGUUGGGAAUUUAUCCAACUUAUCAUAGUGGGGAUCCCGAAAAUGGGGGGCUCCCCCAGAACAUGAGCCUGGAGGACCACUUGCUUCAGGCCAGGGUAGACAUCGACAACUUUUUAGCCCAGGACUACCAGGGGUUGGCGGUGAUAGACUGGGAGGAUUGGCGCCCCCUGUACGCAAGGAACUGGGGCUCCAAGAGAGUCUACCAGACAAAAUCACAGGAGCUUGUCCGGGGGAGGAACCCUGAUUGGAACCAAACCCAUAUCGAAGCUGAAGCUAAGAAGGAGUUUGACAAGGCGGCUAGAAUCUAUAUGAGGUCUUCCCUGAGGCUGGGCCAGUCGAUGCGACCGAAGGCCUACUGGGGAUUUUACCUCUUCCCGGAUUGCUACAACUACCACUACAGGGAUGAGUUCCCCACGUACGACGGCCAAUGCCCAGACAUCGAGAUCAAGCGUAACAAUGAGCUGACGUGGAUGUGGACUCAGAGCUCUGCCCUCUUCCCGUCCGUCUACCUGGAGGAGAAGAUCAAGUCGGAGCGCGGUCAGCGCGGCAAACUCUACGCCAGAUACCGGAUACGGGAAGCCGUGCGUGUGGCUUUGCUGACCAAAGAGCAAUAUACUCCGCCCAUCUUCCUCUACUGCCGCUCCCACUUCAUCGACAGCAAAACCCUCAAGCCCCUCAAUGAGGUGAGUAGAGGCCGUGCACCUGGUCAUCAUUCCCUUGCAACUCCAUAGCCGCUGGUCCCCCCGCCCGCUCUGACGGUCACUGAGCGGAAAC